AUGGAGGCUGAAAACCACACCACUGUGGCAGAGCUAGUCAUCUUGGGACUAACAGAGGACCCUAAGCUGUGUAUAGUCUUUUUUGUGAUAUUUCUAGGAGUAUACAUUGUCACUUUAGUAGGCAAUAUCAGCAUCAUCACAUUGAUAAGAAUUUCCUCCCAGCUGCAAACACCCAUGUAUCUAUUCCUCAGCCAUCUGGCUUUUGUAGACAUUUUAUAUUCAACUUCAGUCUCAGUCAUAAUGCUUAUGGAGCUCCUUGGACAUGGGCUGGUCCUACCUGUGACAGCCUGUGCAGCUCAGCUCUGUAUUACAGUGUCGUUUGGGUCAGCUGAGUGCUUCCUACUGGCUGCCAUGGCCUAUGAUCGCUAUGUCGCAAUCUGCUCACCUCUCCUCUAUUCAACACUCAUGUCCUCUAGAGUCUGUUUUCUAUUGUUGGGAAUGUCCUAUGUUGGUGGCUGUACAAAUGGUUGGACAUUUACUGGUUGUUUGUUAAAUCUGUCCUUCUGUGGACCAAAUCAGAUAGAUCACUUUUUCUGUGACUUCUCUCCUUUGCUGAAACUUUCCUGCUCAGAUGUCUCCAUUAUUGGAAUCAUCCCCUCUAUCUCUUCUGGCUCCAUUAUUGUGGUGACCAUUCUUGUCAUAGCUGUUUCCUACAUCUACAUUCUUAUCACCAUCCUGAAGAUGCGGUCCACUGAGGGCCGCCACAAGGCCUUCUCCACCUGCACCUCCCACCUCACUGCAGUCACUCUCUACUAUGGGACCAUUACCUUCAUUUAUGUGAUGCCCAAGUCUAAUUACUCUACUGAACAGAACAAGGUGCUCUCUGUAUUCUACACAGUGGUCAUUCCUAUGCUGAAUCCCCUCAUCUAUAGCCUGAGAAACAGAGAUGUAAAGGAGGCCCUGAGGAAAGCAACUGUCAGAGUUUAUACAUAG